AGACCACCCCCUCGUGCAAAUUGGGCAUUUGGUGGCCCGUAUCUAACGUCUGGGGUGGCCUUGAAAGACAGAGAGAAGAGAAGAGAGAGAGAUAGAAAGAUGAGAGGAGUGGGAGGGCCAUUGUUGUGCAUCGGCGAUCUGCUGAGUGACGUUGGUGAAACUGAUGAUCUAAACAACCUUCCUCUCAAAACACAAACACCUUCACCUGAGGACUACAAUUCCAACCUCCAACCUUCCGAUUUAAACAACCUCUUCCAGGAAAAGUAUGAGCAGCUGAACAAGGCACUUGCUGGAACAGAUCAUUCAUGGACGCAUCUCACACUGGAGCUAUGCACUGCUCUGGAGACUGCAAACAAGUUGGUUCACUCAACCAAUUCUAAUGUUGGCAUGUUGAAAGAUAAGGUUGAGGAGCUUCGGGAAGUCAUUAAUAGAAGAGACUCAACUAUAGAAGCUGCAAAAGCCUUUGAAGUCUCUCCAAAACAACCUGAGAGCAGUUAGUGAGGAUGUCUGAUUAUGAUGAUCAACCAGUUGAAGGUCAGAAGUCUUGUUUUGCACUGGACUUAUCACUUCUAGCUUUUGCAAGGACAUGCUUAGUUUGUUCUUGCUGUAAUUAUGCUUGAAUUAGAGAUAUUGGUACUGGUAAAGGUUAAGCUGCAUUUGCUGCACCUGCUUCCUGGUCGUUCCUUUGCCAAAGUUUAGGUUUAGAGAUUCUCCUUUGUACUAUUGUAACCCUUGCUCUGAUAAUAUGUAGUAUAGGUUUGUCUUAUGCUGAAGCAGUGAUAGAUCUCAUAGAUUCCCUUUAAGAUAGAAGGGAUAUUCUUCUGGCGCUUUGUAAGUAUUUUUGACAGCUCCUUCUUGGUGCUACAUUGGUAAUACACUUACCAUUUCUCAAAAAAGAUGGAUUUCCUUGUGUAAAGGUGGCAGUCUGUGCUUGCUUUUCCUUAUCAAUAUACAAAGCUUCUUCCUGUCU